UGGAGUCUGAGUUGUGGUUGGGGGCUGGUCGUUUGUUGGUGUUAGCGGACUCCAUUUCUAAUCGAAUGUUAGCUACGGCUAAGGCAUUCGCGAGAGCGCAUGACGUCACAUCCCCUGCAUUUUCCCGGAAAAACGGGCCCGGGUUCUUCACAUUAAAAGCGGUCCACAGACUGAUAGAGGAAACCCAGAAAGUCGCGCAAGGUCUCAUUUUUUAGGUUGGGUUACAACCUGUUCAAACAUUGGCAAUAAAAAAAAAAUUUCUAUGUGUAAAAAGUUACAUACGGUCCCUUUAAGUACACAAGAGGGUAUACCUGUUAAAAGUGUAAAAUGGAAAGUGCAAAUCUGGUGAUCCAAGAAUGUUAAAAUAACAUAAAAGUCAUGAAUAAACUGCAACAAAAUAUUGUUUGACCGACGUCUGUGAACAAGCUUGUAUUUAACAUCGCGGCAUGACUGAUCAGUGUUUUCUCAGGGACUGCAACGUGGCAGUGUUAACAGGUGGCUCUGCAGGAAGAACAUAAGUGUUACUGUCCAAAAUGUGCUCUACUCGUGUCUAUUUGUAAUGUGACUGUUUUGUAAGUGUAAGUUCAGUGUUUUGAGCUUCAAUAACAUUCCAGCAGUCAUCGACUUUGUCAACGUUUUGGUGACGAAGCUCUACAUAUCUGUGUUCCCGGUAACUGAGCAUGCUUCGAGGUCAAAGAGGUGAAUCACCUUUUCAUAUCUGCACUGAACUGCCUGAGCUUUUGCUGCCAGCACAUGUUUGCCUUAAAGUGUAUUGCUUUCUGUGUGAUUGCCAGUUGAAGUAUUUUUAUAUUUUGAAAAAAAGAAAUGUCCUCAAGUCAUAAAUAUUUGUCAAAUGAAGGAAAGCUUUAAAAUAAAGAUAUGUCAUUACUUAAAUUCAGUGAUAAUAUGCAAUGAUUUUGUUGGAUUUUGGAAGAAGAAACAUUUGUGAAAGCAUCUUCACCUCCUGUCUCCUAUCUGGUGCCAUAUUUCAUCAACACGUUACUUAAUAUCUGUUGCUCAGCCCAUUCUCUCUCACUGGAAAUUCUAGUCCAAAUAACAGGGAGUUUGAAGUCCCCAACAUGCCAACCAGAGGAGCAUGUGAUGGGAUUGUGACAACAAGAACAACAAACAUCCUCGGGCAAGCAACGCGACAAGCAGACAUGGACUUCAACGGCACUUGGAAAGUUUAUUCUGAGGAAAACCUUGAGGAGUUAUUAAAAGUAGUAGGUGCACCUGACAUGGUUGCCAAAAUGCGAAAGGAAAUCAAACCAGUGUGGGUGAUUGAGCAGAACGGCAAAGACUUCAUCUACACGAUGAAGAAUCCCAUCGGCACCACGGUCCACUCAUUCAGCCUCGGAAAGGAGUCGGAGAUGACUUCUCCAGAUGGCAGGAAGUUUAAGUGCAUUGUCAGGGAGGAGAACGGGAAGCUGAUUGCUGUGACUGAAAAGUUCACCUCUGUCCGAGAGAUCCAAGGGGACGACAUGGUUGAGACUAUCACUGCUGGCCCUGUAACUUUCAUCAGCAGAAGCAAACGAGUCUGAUCCACACCUGACUGAUCUGCUGAUGGAUCCCUCUUAGACCUUCUCAGCUUCAAGCAGGGAGCCAUGUGGA